AAUUAAAAAAAAAUCAUCCCUUUCAAUGUCCACUCUUAAUAUUGAUAUCUCAACAACCUCUAAACUCCAAACACUUGCUAUAUUUAUGAACUCCCUCAAAAUAUCCCUCCUACAAGCUACCUAAUAGUCGAACAAAGACUAAAGUUAGCCAUAGUAAUCUAAUAGUUGGAUGUAAAAAAGCUCUCGUUCACUCAUCAAACCUAAAUUGAGCAGACAAAAAAAAAAAAAAACUUACAGAGUAUAUUUGCUCGAAAUGACAAAGUUUUGUUUUUGUAUCUGCCUGAUCAUCUUCUUCUUUGUCUCAAUUCAAACAUCUUCUUCUUCUCCUUCGUCUUCGUCGUCUCCUUAUCUCUCUCCAACCACAUUUACGAAGAAUUACAAUAAAAUGAUUGUGAAUUUCAAGCUAUUCAUCUAUCAGCCUGUUCAACACAUUGCUUUUUCUUCUCCGUCAGCUUCAUUGUUCUACAAAUCUCUCAUUAACAGCGCGUUUGUUACACGCGAACCAGAAGAAGCUCAGCUCUUCUUCGUGCCUGUCUCUCCUGGAACUUCAAAGCGCGCUCUGGCGCGCCUUGUACGUGAACUCAGAACUAGAUAUACUUUCUGGAAUCGUACGCUUGGAGCUGAUCAUUUCUUCAUUUCACCCGAAGGAAUUGAGUUCUCUUCUGAUAGAAAUGCAUUGGAGCUGAAGAAAAAUUCGGUUCAGAUUUCGGUUUUUCCGACUGUUUCUGGUAAUUUUAUUCCUCACAAGGACAUCAGUUUGCCUCCGGCGAGCACACCGGAGCUCAAACUGAUCUCCGACGAGCCGGUGAACGGUACUGUUCUGGGAUUUCUGAAUUGGGAUGGGAGGACGGAGGCGGAGCUGGUGAAUGAGUUGAAACUAGAUGAUGAUUUCCUCGUUGAAUCUGAACCGUCGAAUCAUGUAGAAAGAGCGAAGAACAGCAAGUUCUGCUUGUUCUUCUACUCCGAUGGUUCACUUGCAGCAACUAACUCUAUGAAUAUAGCAACAGCAAUCUCAUCGGGAUGUGUGCCGGUGGUUAUAGUAGACCGUCCGGUACAGGAUUUCCCGCUGAUGGACGUGUUGAGGUGGUCGGAGAUGGUGUUGUUGAUCGGAAACCGCCGUGGAGCUGACGGAGUGAAGGCGGUGCUGGGUGGUGUAACGGCGGAGAAGUAUGAGAAAAUGAGGGAAUUGUGUGUGGCGGCGGGGCAGCAUAUGGUGUGGAAUGAUGAACCUCAGCCGUAUGAUGCUUUUCAUAUGGUGAUUUAUCAGCUGUGGAUGAGACGACAUACGAUUAGAUACACUCGAAGGGAAGAAUUUUAGUACCCAUUUUGCUCUUUUGAUCGAAUUAAGUGAGGGUUCGUGUCUCGAAAUUGUUAUUUCAUUUUUAAUAUGCAAUAAAAAUAAUACUAGUAUAAUUUUGAAAUAACUAAUCAGAUGAAUUACAUUGUAUUG